AUCGAUAUAUUUUCAACAACCCUACUUGACAAUUUUUUUGCAAAACAUAUAAUUAACAAAAACAACGUUGCGGAUAACAAAUUGCCAAUAAAAUACGUGGAAAACAGAGAUCAUGGGCAGCAACGACAGAGCAUCAAGAUCGCCGCGUUCGGAUGAUCAGCGCGAGAUCAGCGACAUGCCGGCCACCAAGAGAUCGCGCUCCGACUCGGGCAAGUCCACGGAUUCGAAAAUUCCCUACCUUUCGCAGCCCCUGUACGACCUCAAGCAAACGGGCGAUGUCAAGUUCGGGCCGGGCACCCGCUCCGCCCUGCUAGGCCUCCUCGGUGGCGCCCUGCCCAAGCUCUCGUCGGAGCAGCAUGACCUCGUCAGCAAGGCCAAGAAGUAUGCUAUGGAGCAGAGCAUUAAGAUGGUGCUGAUGAAGCAGACCCUCGCACACCAGCAGCAGCAGCUGGCCACCCAACGCACUCAGGUGCAGCGCCAGCAGGCACUCGCUUUAAUGUGCAGAGUCUACGUGGGCAGUAUUUCAUUUGAGCUCAAAGAGGACACGAUCCGGGUGGCCUUCACCCCAUUUGGACCCAUCAAGUCCAUCAAUAUGUCGUGGGAUCCAAUCACACAGAAGCACAAAGGCUUUGCCUUCGUGGAGUACGAAAUACCAGAGGGCGCUCAAUUGGCACUGGAGCAGAUGAAUGGAGCCUUGAUGGGCGGCAGGAAUAUCAAAGUGGGACGACCCAGCAACAUGCCACAGGCACAGCAGGUCAUUGACGAGGUUCAGGAGGAGGCUAAGAGCUUUAAUCGAAUCUACGUGGCCUCCAUACAUCCGGAUCUGUCCGAGGAGGAUAUCAAGAGCGUCUUUGAGGCCUUCGGGCCUAUUCUUUACUGCAAACUGGCUCAGGGCACAUCCCUGCACACGCACAAGGGCUACGGCUUCAUUGAGUAUGCCAACAAACAGGCCAUGGACGAGGCCAUAGCCAGCAUGAAUCUCUUUGAUUUGGGCGGACAGCUACUGCGAGUUGGUCGUUCCAUUACCCCGCCAAACGCCUUGGCCUGUCCCACAACGAACUCCACAAUGCCCACAGCAGCUGCGGUGGCAGCCGCAGCGGCGACGGCCAAGAUCCAGGCCUUGGAUGCCGUAGCUAGCAAUGCGGUGCUGGGUCUGUCGCAGAACACACCUGCUUUGGCAGCCGGAGCAGUGGUCACCAAGGUGGGAGCUAUGCCGGUAGUUUCGGCCGCCACAUCAGCAGCUGCCCUGCAUCCCGCUCUGGCUGUUCAGGCAGCUCCAGCAGCAGCUCUUUUGCCGCCGGGCAUUUUCCAGGCACCUUCCGCCGUGGCACCUAGCCUGCUGGGAGUGCCAGCCGGACUGCAGCCUCUCCAGGCGGUGGCACCCACUCUUCCGCCACCCGCUCUGCUUGCCACGCCCACGCUGCCCAUACCUGGAGUUGCUGGCGGCGGUGUUGGAGCUGUCGGCGUACUGCCCACAUCGGUGGCCACUUUGGCCGCUGCGGUGGAGGCCAGCAAUGGUGCAGCAGUCGCAGCUCUCUCGGCAGCUGCCAAUAAUGCCGCUGUAACGGCGGCCAACCUCUCGGAGAACAUCAAAAAGGCGCACGAGAAGCAGCAGGAGGAGCUGCAGAAGAAGCUGAUGGACGAGGGCGAUGUGCAGACACUGCAGCAGCAGGAGACUAUGUCCAUCAAGGGCCAGAGUGCCCGCCAGCUGGUGAUGCAGCGUCUGAUGCGGCCUCAGGACUCGCGAGUGAUCAUACUGCGGAACAUGGUCGGUCCCGAGGAUGUGGACGAAACGCUGCAGGAGGAGAUCCAGGAGGAAUGCAGCAAAUUCGGCACCGUCAGCCGAGUGAUCAUAUUCAACGAGAAGCAAACGGAGAACGAGGACGACGACGAGGCGGAGAUCAUUGUGAAGAUAUUCGUUGAGUUCUCGGCCGGGGCGGAGGCCUUGCGCGGCAAGGAAGCGCUCCACGGACGAUUCUUUGGCGGACGAAGGGUGGUGGCUGAGCUCUAUGACCAGGGAAUUUUCGAUCAGGGCGAUCUGUCCGGCUAGAAGGAAGGUGAAGGAGAAAGGAGUCCUGACCUUGGUUUGCCCUUUUUUACUUAGCACCUAAAACGAUGAAAAUCGAUGCACGAUUAUUUAUUAACGCCAGUCCGCGAACGAAAAACUUACGUUGGCAGCCAGACUAUGAUAAAGAUUAUGAUUACGAUGAGAUGAUGAUUAUUCUGCAACGCAGUGAUUUAGAUUUAAAGUUAGAGAAGAUCCCCUGACCUGUAAAGUGUUUCGAUUUUGUAUUAUUUCAUGCCCAGAGACUACAAGGAAAUAAUAAUACACAAAUAUAACAAUCCCCCCAGCAAAACACACCCAAGCAAUGGAAAACUAA